CUGACUCGCUGAGCAGGAACUCACUCUCUCCCUCUAGUUGGUUAAAAGUGUACACGUCAGCGUUCAUAAGUUUCACGCAGCGUGUUUCACAGUGCCGUCGUCCUCUUCCUGGUGUGUUGACACAUUAGCCGACACCUAGUUCGGGUGCUGAAAACAAGCGGUGCAGGAGGCGGCGGCUGCCUGGCACAUGACACGGUCUACAGGCGGGGGAACAGAGCAAGAAGAGCCGUCACGGGGAUAAAUCUUCGUCGUUACUUUUGAGACGCGGGACACGUGACGCGGAGCUGCUCCUUUGACGGCUCUUUGAUCAUCGGCGCGAGAGGACACGAUGUUGCUUAAAGGUCUGCGACGACGUUACGCGCGAUAAGGCGAAGGCAAAGCCGACAAGUACUUCUGUUCCCGAGUCUGGUCAUAUGUUCUCACACAAAAUGAGGCUUAGGCUGAUCAAGAGGAAUCUAAUCGGGCUGCUGGUUGUUUCCUGUGUAGUUGUGACUCUCCUGUUUUCAACACGUGCUUUACUACUUUCCGACAAUGACAGCGUUAACAGCAGAUACGUGGAUGAGGGAGGUCAGGCAUUGCACCAGAAGUUAAACUUUGCCUCGCUGCCAGAGUUGAGUUUGUCCGUUUAUAAUGCAAAUUUCAAGCAGUAUGUGCUCAAUGCAGACCGGUUUCCGGAGGAGCCUCAGUUGGUGUUAGUCGUGCAGGUCCACAACAGGCCUGAAUACCUCAAGUUGCUCAUCAAGUCUCUGCAGAAUGCUGCUGAGGUCCACAGUGUCCUUCUGAUCUUCAGCCAUGACUAUUUUUCAGAGGAAAUAAAUAACAUUGUGCAAGAGAUAACAUUCUGCAAGGUACUGCAAAUCUAUUACCCCUUCAGCCUUCAGCUGUAUCCCACUGAGUUUCCGGGACAGGAUCCACGAGACUGCCCUCGGGACAUCUCUAAGGAGAAUGCUCUGAAAACAAAAUGCCUUAAUGCAGAACAACCCGACGCCUAUGGGCAUUACAGGGAAGCCUUCAUCACUCAACCCAAACACCACUGGUGGUGGAAACUGCACUUUAUGUGGGAGCGAGUGCAAGUCAUGCAGGGAUACAGCGGCUUUGUAAUCUUCCUCGAGGAGGACAACUACAUCCUCCCGGACUUUUUCCAUUUCUACAAGUCAAUGAUAGAGUUCAGGAAGAACAACUGCCCGGAGUGUGACAUGCUGGCUUUGGGCAACCACAACGGCAUAACUGAUUUUACCAAAUUGUCCAAUAAGGUAUUGACCACUGGGUGGAUGUCCACUAAACACAACAUAGGCAUGGCCAUCUCCAGGGAGGUAUACUAUAAACUGAUGGGCUGCUGCAAUGACUUCUGCACCUAUGACGACUACAACUGGGACUGGACUCUGCAGCAACUGUCUGGCACCUGCAUCCCAAAGCCACUCAAAGUCCUCGCAGCACAGGGCUCCAGGGUCCUUCACACUGGAGACUGUGGUCUUCACCAGAAGGAGAAUUGCAGGCCGGAGUGGGCUUUUCAGAAAGUUGUGGAAGGGCUUAUAAUAAUCAAGGACAGCCUCUAUCCUCAAUCCCUUGUCCUGAGUGGUGCAGAACCAGUUGAGCACAAAGCGCACGUGUUGAACGGAGGAUGGGGAGACGUUCGAGACCAUAGUCUAUGCAUCAGCUACUCCCAACGACUUUGAAAUCACAAGAAGUAUUCGUUGUUGUGACGUGCCAUCAAAUGCAGCGUCUCAGGAUUUUACAGGCAGAAGUGGGCUGUCCUUUUGUCAAUGAGAUCCAGAUCAAGUCCAAGCAUGUUACAUGUUUUAUGGAGUUCACCUUGACAUAAAAUGUUUGGUGCACAGUUGCCAAAGAUCUUCCUCGUAGCUUUGUUGUCUGUAACACACUCAAGCUCAGUCAUGCAUGCUGUUUAAUUUCAGUUCACAAUGUUCCUUUAUCUCGUGGUGUCUCAGACCACAAAACAGCAGGUAGGUUAGAUUUAAAGGGAAGUAGGUAGGAGUCAACGCAUAUAACAAGAGUACAUGUACACUUGAUUAUAUUUGCAGGUUUAUGUCUUGAAAAGCCUUUUUAUAGAUUUUUCACUGAGUUUUUACAUGUGCUUUUCAUGGUACAAUUUAAUUCACAGCCAUAGCAACAGUAACAGAAAAAAACAUGUAUUUAUGUACAUUUAAGUGUAAUCAAAAUGUAUAUGACAAUCUUUAAUUCAAUGGGAAGCUCAGGUUAACAGAGCAGGCACUGUCUUUGAUUUAGAGUUUGUUGUUAAUUUCUAAAGCCAGAUGUCCCAUUUUCCUAAGGUGACACCACUUCAUCAGUUUCCUACUACUCGCUGUAUUGAUUCCUAUACACAACAGCAAGGUCUUGAUAUUGAUCUUGUGUUUGUUUUUCUCGAUUGUCGGUUCAUAUUUGCUGAGAGAAGUGACCUUUUGGAGUCCUGGUCAAGUCAGUAAACACUGCUAGAUGACUUAGCAAUGUUAACAUCCAAAUUGAAAAGAGGAAAAAAAUAAAUACAUUGGGGUUUUGUGAAAGGAAACACAGAUGUUUCCUUUUCUGGCAUGCAGAAGUUAAAAAUAUCCCAUCACAAUUGAACUUCCAUAUUUUACAGUUUAAAAGAAUGAGAAAUGUUAAAAAAAAAAUGAAUAUGAGCUGACCAAAAGUGCCUUUUCCUAGUUCCUGUUUACCAAUGCCUGUUAAAGAGAUGUUUGAAAGUGCACUGAUGACUUAGUACUUACAUGUGACUGCUUUGACAAUGCAGGGGGAUCAACUUCUUUUUUUCUCUAAACAUGAUUUUUAUUCACAAGAUGUUGAGGGGGGGAAUAAUGUAGAUAAUUUCACACAGAAAAAAAAUGCAGUUAGGAGAAAUGAUUGCCUCACUGUGGCUUCUUGGUUGUACAGAUGGCAGUACCCCCUGAAAAAGUGCCUUAAACUGACAUUAGUGCAUCUCUUUUGAGAUUCAAUGGAUAUUAUAUAUAUUAAUGAGAUUUAUAGAAGAUUAAUUAUCUUCUAAUUUAUGUUGACAAGCACAAUGCAUUUUUAAAAGAACAUGGAAGAGAUGACCAAAUACACAGAAAUAUAUAUAUAUAUAUAUAUAUAUAUAUGUAUAUAUAUACAUAUAUAGUAUUUUUCUUUGCGUGAGUGUGUUUUGUCUGUAUGUGGGAUGUUUGACAGUUCCUUUGGUAGGUGAGGUGUAUGAGUCCAAUGUUUUGUUCCUUUUGUUCUUUCUGACAUCACUUGAAGUCGUCACAUAAUGUCUGCCAAAUGGGGAAAUAAAAAGAUGGUGAAUGUU